AUGGCAGCGAGUGCCCUCUUGCUGGUAGUGGCCCUGAUAUCCUCGCUCCUUGUGCGAUCAUUACUCCAAUGGUUCAGGCUAUGGCACAUUCCAGGACCCAGGUUCGCGGGUCUAAUCAAAUACUGGAUGCCGUAUCACCAUUACACCGGCCGCCAGUAUGAAGCUGUUAAGAAAUUAAAGACAAAUAUGCUCGUGACAAGCGACCCUGAUGUCUUGCGGCGCAUGACUGCUGUCCGAUCUCCUUAUAAGAGGUCCCAGUGGUAUGGAGCCUUCAGAUUUGAACCCGGAGGGGAGAAUAUCUUCUCCCAGCGAGAUGACGAUAAGCAUAAUGAUACUCGACAGAUGUUAAUGCCAGGGUAUUCUGGGCGAGACUUUCCUGGAAUGGAAGACAGUGUCGACACUGAAGUCCUCAAUCUGAUAAAGUUGCUUGAAUGCAAGUACAUUUCCACAAGCAAUGACUUCCGCCCUGUCGAUAUGUCACACAAGUUCCAGUUGUUCACUCUCGAUGUCACCACACACCUUGCCUGGGGCGAACCUAUCGGAUUCCUGAAACGCGAUGGAGAUAUGUUCGACUACCUAAAGAGAAAACAAGAGGAGCUGAAGCAGUCCGCCGUGUACUCGGAAUUCUUCACCAUCGUGGCUUUCAUCCAGUCACCUCUUUUCCAAUGGUUAAUGCCAAUGUCUGACAAAGUGGGCUGGGGCCGUCUCCUAAGAUGGACCAAAGAGAAGAUGCCCGAGCGGUAUGCUUCUGGAGCUCCCGACUAUCCUGACAUGCUUGGUUCUUGGAACCGGCAUGGCUUGGAUCAAGAACAAGCACCUCACGAAACGUUUGUCCAAAUCACUGCAGGAAGUGACUCAACCGCUGUUGGAGCAUCAACCAUCCUCCUCCAUCUCAUCAACAAUUCACUCGUGUACCAGAAGCUGCUAUACGAGAUUGAUGAGGCAGUCAGAAGGGGCAAAAUAUCAUAUCCCGUGAUUGAGGACUCUGAAUCCCAUCAACUUCCUUACUUGCAGGCUGUCAUCAAGGAAAGCCUUCGUAUUAUGCCGCCAGUUGUUACCGCUCUCUACAAGGAGGUGCCACCUGAGGGAGAUACUAUCCAUGGCCGUUUCAUAACAGGCGGUACACUUAUCGGUGCCCCGAUAUACGGCAUUACUCGGUCAAAGAAGGUGCUCGGCCCUGAUGCAGACCUCUUCCGACCUGAGAGAUGGCUGGAGGCUCAAGGAGAACAGCUCACCAACAUGCUCCCAACUGCCGAGCUGGUGUUCUACCAUGGCAAAUGGCAGUGUGCAGGCAAGGUAGUGGCGGGGCUUGAGUUGAACAAGGUGAUUUUUGAGGGCUUCAUGGAGAUCCAGAACUUUAAGGUCAGGAUUACAAGACGAGAAGGAGCCUUGGCUCUCCUUUGCAGUCUUGCCUACGGCUAUGCACUGCCCGGAGCAUGCAGUGGCAUCUGCAACAAUGCGCACGACCCAUCUAUCAUCCGCCGCCCAGAUGGAACAUACUUCCGCUUCUCAACCGGCGGCAAAAUCGCCGUUCACACAGCCCCAAGCAUCUCUGGACCAUGGACAUACCGGGGAGCUAUGCUCCCCAGCGGUUCGAAGAUCAAUCUGGCGGGAAAUCAGGAUCUAUGGGCCCCCGACGUCACCAAAGUAGGCAACGACUACUACAUCUACUACUCUGUCUCAACCUUCGGCUCCCAAAACUCCGCCAUCGGCCUAGCCCGCUCCUCGACCAUGGACCCUAACUCCUUCACCGAUCUCGGCACGACAGGCGUCCAGUCCAACCCUUCCAAACCUUACAACGCAAUCGAUGGUAAUCUCGUUGAAGCUAAUGGCAACUUCUACCUGACCUUCGGCUCCUUCUGGGGCGGGAUCUACCAGGUUCAAUUGACGUCAGGGACACCGACCCGUGCGCAGGGGAGUUCCUGGCGGUUGGCAUACGACCCGUCAGAUCCAGCUAUGGAGGGACCGACGUUGUUCAAGUACAUGAAUUACUAUUAUCUUUUCUUUUCCAAGGGAACGUGUUGUGGGUAUGAUAAGAAUCGGCCGGCAACGGGGAAGGAGUAUAGGAUUAUGGUUUGUCGGUCGACAAGUCCGAUGGGGGGUUUCGUGGAUAAGAACGGGAAAUCGUGUCUUUUGGGAGGAGGGACAGUCGUGCUGCAGUCACACAACUGGGUUUAUGGGCCCGGUGGGCAGGGUGUUUAUGAUGAUCCUAAAGAGGGGCCGAUCCUCUACUACCACUAUGUUGACACGAGGGUUGGCUUUGGUGAUGGCGACAAGAAGUUUGGUUGGAAUAAGAUUGACUUCUCUAGUGGCUGGCCGGUUGUUUGA